GUAAAUUUGUUAUGUGAGUUGUGUGCAUGUGGACGCCUCUUUUCUACCCGAUAAUUUAAUAAUAAGAAUAGCUGCUAAAAGGACCGAUCACAGUACUUAACAGGAUGUAAAUUAUCAAGACCUGUUACAACGUGUCAGCUUCUCUGUUGCUAUGGCAGACUCUGGCACCAUUCGUCAUCGACCAGCGAUAAGAUCAACUCAGAGACCUGCUACACCUCCUAUCCUCUCAACUACACCCCCAUCAGCAGCAGCAAGAUCAAAUCUCAAUCCUGCCUCAUCGGGAGGACACCAAGCAGCCAAAGCAACAAACUCUGUUUAUGAGAAGGGCAAACCUAAUCGAGAUGUUGGAAAGCUUGUGGAUGCGUACAGGAAUAUCAUGACGAUGUCCUGGCCUAUUGUAUUGUGUUAUGAAUUCAUCUCAGCUGUAUUUAGUUGGGAGUACCCAAUCCUUACCGUAGGGAUGUGGAUAAUCUUCCAGCUUUUCUCCUUUUACAUGACUACAGGUCAGCUGUUGGUCAUCUGUUUUCUGAUGCUGUUUAUUGUAGCCAGCCUUGGAUACCUGUCCUUUACCAGUCAACAACUCACAGAGAAACAUAAUUCUUCCAAGAAACAAAAUAUUGUUAAUAUUCUAUCUGCAAACUCAUUAUCAUCAUCAUCAUCAUCAUCAUCAUCCUUGUCAUCGUCAUCAUCAACGUUGCCAUCAUCAGCUGCAAAAGUACAGGGUACAUCAUCUGCCACAGCCAAUCAGAAGGUCAAUAAAGCUGGGGAUUCUCAAAAGGUCCAGACUCCUCUAUCAUCUUCUCCACCCAAAAAUGCAACAUCAUCAUCAUUAAUGGGAGAUGGUUGCCUAGCAACGCAUCCUCAUGAUAAAAACAAGCAUGCAGAGCUGGAGAUUGACAGUCAGCGAAGGAGAGAACUUCUGACCGAAUAUCGUCAGAUGAUGCAGGAUCUUAGCAUAUGGCUUACAGCGGUCUCUAGGAUACUCCUGUUGGUGGAGGAUAUGUUACUAUGGAGAUGUCGAUGGAAAACAAUCAUAUUCUACCUCGCACUAUAUGCUGGAGUACUGUGCUUCAUGUAUGUCCCAUUUUAUUGGAUUACCAUGGCAACCACAAACUGUGUGCUCCUGACUCAUCCUCAGUGCCAUGUAUGGUUAGAGAGGAUGAAGAGAUGGAUUACAAUCAAGAUAUCUACUAAGGAUGUGAGCAAGGAUGAGAGCUCAAAGCAUCUAGAUAGCUCACAGGAGAAGGGACCUGUUGACUCUCGUUCACAGAAGGAUGGCAUUGUUUCUUCACAUCCUUUAUCUGAGGAUAUGAAUGGUAAUGAAGAUGCAGAUGAGGAGAUCCCAAGAGAGAGGAGAAUGAAAGGAGCUCAAAUAGUGGUACCAGCGUCUAGCAGGUCAGAUGGAACACCAGCUGCUCAACAACAACAACCUAAGAUGUUUGAGAGCGGCAUGUGUUACUUAUGUGGAACCCUAUUCACAUCAGUGCUCAAGAGAAGGAGAUACUGUAGGUACUGUGGGAGAGACUUCUGUCCUAAAUGCUGCUGUAAGAAGCUACCAAGAUCUGCUCUAGGAGCAACAGCUCCAGCAGCUCAGACAGAGAAAGAGCUGGUGUGCAACCUGUGUUUCAUCAAACUUAAUGGAGAGGACGUUGGCAGUAGCAGCAGAGUCAGAUGACAGUUAUCUCCUGGCCAAUCACACGUCUGCAUCAACACAUCUAAUCUCCUAGCUGGCCAAUCAAACGUCUGCAUCGACACAUCUAAUCUCCUAGUCGCAAUCCUGCAAAACUACGCCUAUGGUCAUGGCUUGGCUUAAGUAGCUGAUCCUUAUGGACUAUUUAAAUCUACUUGCUUCAAUCCUAUAGACUUAUGCCAAUAGACACUGCUUUAGAUGCUGCUUAUAAGUAUCGGCUUGCAUGGUGAUGUAGAUAUACAGUAGGCUUGUGGUUGCACCAUGUGAGAGAGAGGGAGGAUUGGGAAGUCCUGAAAAGCACUCUCGAUAAUCUUUCACUCUUGAGUGUGUGUGUAGUCCUGAAAAGGACUGUUGGUGUAAUCUUGAAAAAAGACUGUUGGUUAUC